UACUAACUAACUAACUAACCAAUUUAGCUGUUUGAGCUUCAAGACGCACAUCACACCUCUCAUUCAGCUUAUCGGAUGAUUCAAAUGAAGAUAAUGUUGAUGAUGAUGAUCGAUUCGAUGAAUUCUAAUUAUUAUUCAAUUAUCAAUUAAUUACUAUUAUUAUUUUUUAACCAAUUUUCAACCAUGGGCAAGGGCCCCUUCUCCUUUCGCCGCUCCGCCUCUCGCCGCCGUCAGAGGAAGAUCGUCAUUCCGUCCGAGUCUCCUCCCCAGCCGCUUUUGUCGCCGCUCGGCAGCGCCAUGAUCGCCGGUGGCGGUGCCAUUUCCAUGACGAAGGUCAAGAAGAAGGCCGGCGGGGCGAGGCUGUGGAUGCGGUUUGACCGGACAGGGCGGACGGAGCUGGUGGAACUUGACAAAAACGCCAUCAUCCGCCAUGCCGCAAUUCCCGCCAGAGAUCUCAGAAUCUUGGGCCCUGUUUUCUCCCAGUCCUCCCAUAUUCUUGCUAGAGAGAAAGCAAUGGUUGUUAAUUUGGAGUUUAUAAAGGCUAUAGUCACAGCUGAAGACGUGCUAUUGCUUGAUCCUCUACGCCGCGAGGUUCAUCCAUUUGUUGAACAUCUCAGGCAACAACUUCGACAUAAAUAUCAACCUAAACUUAGUGGGCCUGCAGGUGAACAAGAAAGCGAAAUGCAGGUUUCGGAUGGCAGACAAUGGUUGCCAGUGCCAGAGUCUACUGAAGGGUUGCAAUCUGAGCUUCCAUUUGAGUUUCAGGUUUUGGAGAUUGCUUUAGAAGUUGUGUGUACCUCCCUGGAAUCAAGUGUGGAAGACCUCGAGAGAGAUGCUUACCCUGUAUUAGAUGAUUUGGCAAGAAAUGUUAGUACCAAGAAUCUUGAACAUGUGCGAAGUUUGAAGAGCAAUGUUACUCGUUUGCUGGCACAAGUGCAGAAGGUACGAGAUGAAAUUGAACAUCUGUUAGAUGACAAUGAAGACAUGGCGCAACUAUAUUUGACAAGGAAGUGGCUGCAGAAUCAGCAACUUGAUGCUCAUGUUGGGGCCACACCCUCAAACCACCCUGCUAGUAUCCGUCAAAUUGGUUCUAAAAGAAGUGGAAGUCUGGUAAACUUCACCUUUGGAGAAGAGAAUGACGUGGAGGAUUUAGAGAUGUUACUUGAGGCAUAUUUUAUGCAGUUGGAUGGAAGUCGCAACAAGAUAUUGUCGGUUAGGGAGUAUAUCGAUGACACAGAAGACUAUGUCAACAUCCAACUUGAUAAUCACAGAAACGAACUUAUUCAGCUGCAAUUGACAUUGAUCAUUGCCUCAUUUGCAAUUUCUAUUGAAAAUUUGUUGGCCGGUACAUUUGGUAUGAACAUUCCUUGUUCACUAUAUGAAGUACAAGGACUAUUUUGGCCCUUUGUUUGCACCACUAAUGCUGGUUCAUUAAUCCUUUUCUUGCUUAUAAUGGCAUAUGCAAGAUCCAUAAAAUUGCUUGGGCCAUAAUUGUAAAUUUGAUACCCAUCGUUGGUUUGUUGUUACAAUUGGCCAUACGAAUCUCACAAAUCAAUGAUACGAAGUACAAUAUAAUUUGCCUUGUGAAGUUUGUAAUUUUAUUUGAUACAAGUUUUGUUAGUUGGUGUUUUCGGAUGUUCCAAACUUCCAACAUUGAUCGACACUGUAUUAUAGGGAAUGGAUUCUU